AUUGUCUGACCUCUCUCGUACCGCAGUCGCUGCUUCACCUUCGAGAGGUGAACACGCCUCGGCUGGUCCCGCCGUUCUCCACCUGGAGAACCGAAUUCUCGACCGAACCUCGGAUUGCCGGAUUUUAAAAAGCAGAGCCAAACCUCGAGACAUCCAAUCCGAACCAUUAAUUCGCUUCCGUAUUCGCAUUAAUUAUGCGGCUCCAUUUAAUCUGCUUUUCGACACUUUUCGCCAUUUUGGUACCGAGUUGUCGAGCGACUGCCACGCCGGUCGUGCAGAUAAAAAAUGGCACCUUGGAGGGCACCUACAUGGUCACCAGGAGGGGUAGACAGUUUUCUGCUUUUCGGGGCAUCCCUUAUGCUUUGCCACCCCUGAGGGAAUUGCGGUUCGAGCCACCGAAACCGGCGGCGUCUUGGAGUGGAGUGCGUUCUGCAAAAGAGGACGCAGAGAUCUGCACGCAACGCAACAUUUACACGCACCAGGAGGAGGUGGUGGGUGAUGAAGAUUGCUUGUAUCUUAAUGUUCAUACCCCAAAAUUACCAAAUGAAAGCGAAGAUGGUUUCCUGCGGUAUCCAGUCAUGAUUUGGUUCCAUGGAGGUGGAUGGAUCACAGGAGCUGGACACUCGGAAUUCUAUGGGCCUAAAUUUCUCCUUGACCAUGACGUGGUCCUCGUCACUGUGAACUUCAGGCUUGGACCUCUUGGAUUUUUGAGCACCGAGGAUCUGGUGUCUCCUGGAAAUCAAGGAAUGAAGGACCAAGCACAAUCCAUUCGCUGGGUCCACGAAAAUAUAGUGGCCUUUGGGGGAGAUCCAAACAGGGUCACCCUUUUUGGGGAAAGUGCAGGAGGCGUCAGUGUGCAUUAUCACAUGAUGAGUCCACUUUCCAAGGGGUUAUUUCACCGAGGAAUUUCACAAAGUGGGACUGCACUAUGUCCAUGGGGACUUACCAGGCCAGGACUUGCCAGGAAACAGGCGAAUCGUCUCGGUGAUGUUUUGCAAUGUCCUGUACACGACUCGAAGGAUCUCUUGGACUGCCUGCGGAAAAAGGACGCGGUGGACAUAAUCGCCACUGAUCGAUCAUUUCAGGUGUACGAUUACUGUCCGAUGAUACCAUUCAGGCCGGUGGUGGAGCCAUUUCAUCCAGGGGCGUUUCUUACGGAGGAUCCGGCGAUCUCGUUAAAAAGUGGACGAGUGGCGGACAUACCAUGGAUGACAGGAGUUACGCCCAAUGAAGGGGCCAUUAAAGCAGCCUCUAUCUACGGUCUCAACAACGGGGAAUUCCUCAGGCAGCUCGAUAAGGACUUCGAGAAGAUCGCGCCGUUGAGUCUGCUUUACGAGGACACUUGUCCAGAGCAUUUAAGGCAGAACGUGACGCAAAGAAUUAGGGAAUUCUACUUCGGCGACCACCCCAUCGACGAGUCGACCAGAUUCAACGUCAUCCACAUGUACACGGACGCCUGGUUCUUCAUCGCUGCUGACAAUGCGGUCAGGGAACACCUUCAGAAUUUGGGCACUUCGGUUUAUUACUACCUCUUUGCGUACAGAGGUUCGGCUUCCUUCAGCAGGAUAUUCGGGGACGAGGAGAAGGAUUAUGGAGUCUCCCAUGCCGAUGAUCUUCAGUAUUUGUUCCCUGUUGGUGAACAGCUCUUCCAGGACACCCCAUUAAAUGACGAGGACCACAGGAUGGUGGACAUCGCCACGAGUUUGUGGUUCAAUUUUGCCAAGUCUGGGAACCCAACGCCGGAAGUUACGGAAGAAGUGCCUGUGAAGUGGAUGCCGGUCAGGACGCAGGCUUUGGAGUUCCUUCAUAUCGGUGGUCCCAAAGACAUCUACAUGGCCUACAAUCUUUAUCCUGAAAGGGUUCAUCUUUGGUCCCAAUUACCUGUGCGACCUGAUCUGGCUCAGGUUCAGCAUGGACGAGGAAUUAGGGAUGAACUGUGAAACUGAAAUUCAUUAUUCCGUAACGCUUAAGGUCUCACGAUUUAUAACUACGGGUCGACGUCCUGCAGACCUAGUUAAUGGCAUUAUCGAGCGUGAUCCUUGAUCCUUUGGGAGUAUUGGAUCCAUCGAAACGAAAACGAUUUGCGAGCGCCAUCACUAACGUACCUUACAAGUGGGAUAUCGAAGCAGAGAGUGGAGAUAUAAAUUUUUAUUACUGUUGCGAAA